GCAUUUCACCGAGUGCACUUCACGCCGUGACGUCCACCGCGCCGCACAUCCCACGAUGAAGUGGGAGUCCCAUUUAAUAGCCAGAACAGACGGCAGUUACACGUAAGGUGACUCCCCCACCUCGACCCACCAAGCAACAUAGAAAGCGCACUGCAGCUGACAGAUUGAACGGCAAUAAGAAAGAAACAUCUGUUGCGACAGGGAGCUCCUUCCUUUUUGAAUGACGAGGAAGAGGAAGAGGAAAAUUACUGCGACAGAGAAUCAAGAAAAUCACGAGCGGAACGAGUUUCUGGCUUUAUCAAUAGUUUCAUCAGCGCAAGCCGGAGACAGCCGAGUGUGAACUUUGCUAUUGGCUUCCAGUUCACCCAGUCACCAGACGACCAGAAUGUCUCGUCACACAAAGCAGCACCUGUGAGGUUCUCACACUCAACCUGUUCCCCUCAGAGCCGUCCACUUUACGCUAUCGGACAUGUCUGUUCGGCUUUAGUCGAUGACACCUACAUUUUGAGUUAGAAUUUGCAGAAGUCAACGUGGACCACGAUUGGGUCAGCGCCACAUGUAUUGUAAUUGAAUCGCACAUUGUGAACUGAAGAUGAGUUUGCGAGGCGUUGGCUUCGUCCUCCAGUGUUACCUGAUGUUGGCAGCAGCCAUGUAUUUUGAUCUCGGAGAGCAGGAGGAAAAGUGCAUCAUCGAGGAGAUUCCUGAAGACACGCUGGUCACCGGUCAUUUCUUGUUGGAGCCUUGGGACAUGAAGCUGUUCUCCCACUCUCCCCACUUCGGCGUCACUGUGACAGUCAGAGACCCGAACUAUGAGGUUCUGAUGUCCAAACGCUACGGUAAAUUUAGUAAAUUCACCUUCACAGCUCACGCCUCUGGUCAGCACUACCUCUGCUUCCAGACCAACUCCACAAGGUUUGCUGUCUUCUCUGGAGAGAGGCUGAAGCUACAUUUGGACGUUCAGAUGGGAGAGCACCCGAUUGACCCCAAAACUGACGAGACCAAAAACAACAUGGAGGUUUUGGAAAACAGCCUCAGACACCUCGUGGAUCAGAUGAUGUACAUCACCAGGCAACAGGAGUACCAGAGGGAGAAAGAGGAGGUGUUUCGUCAGAUCAGUGAAGAGACCAACGGUCUCCAAAUGUCUUACUGGGUCUGCUGCAACUCCUGCUUCCUGUCCCCCAGCGCGGACAGAAAGCUGGCGGUCACCACCUGUGGCCAUGUCAUCUGCAGUGUCUGUUACGGGAAAGGCAAACCAGGCAAGUGUUUAAUAUGCAGUGCCAAAUGCCAAGUGACGCCUCUGUCUGACAAAAGCAGUUCAGAGGUGAAGGCUCUGUUCUCCGACAUCAACUCUGUGGCGACCAAACACAUCGCGGAAAUCAGCAAAGUUAUAUUGUUUCAGACAAGACAUCAAAAGAGACUGUUGACAUACUACCAGAAAAGGAAUGAGAAUUUCGAAGAGGUGUUAGUCAAGAUGAAGCAAGAAAUGCAGCAGAUGGCAAAGAAGCUGAAUGAACAGAGCGCUUACAUCUCUCAGCUGGAAAGCUCUCUUCAGCAUCAGAGUGCCAAAGCUUCAUCGGUGCCUCAGAUGAGCCACAGUUCCUACAAUCUUCAUGGACAAAAAUCAGUCCUACAGAUCCCGUAUCAGUCCCCCAUGUCCCUCUCGAGACGCUCCUCGACGACUAAUAUUCAUCUGGCUGGUUCUGAAACAGAAAGGCUCAGAAUCCAGCGCAGAGCUCAGCCAACUGAAACCAACAGGACUGAUGAGGCGUGCUCUCGUGUCUCUCGCAGCACUGAAAACACGGACGUGGAUGAAAGGAGUCUGUUCAGAAAACCUAACACGGUCCCCCGACUGUCAUUAAUCAGUCCUCCACAAGAUGGACGAAUGGGCACCGUCCCUCACAGGCCGCCCAACCACAACAUGUUGGCCAACCGCUCGGCUCGCUCGGCCACAGUCAGUCGUUUUCAAGGAUCUCCGAUGACCCAGGAUAUGUCAUACGGCCAGAGUUCUGGAUGGAAGUCUCCCUUCUUCCAACCUCUCUCCUUCAGACACAACAUGUCCUCCAUGGUCAGCCCCCCUCCCAACCAAACACACACAUGAACCGUCUUCAAGCCUUUUGAGGAAAUACACCCGGCCGCCGAUGUGCGUCCCGAGAUAUGCACGCGAGUCCAGGGUUUCAUCAACCGGAGGCGACGUGAAAUGUAUUCCACUUGUAUCGCACUUCACGUAGAUGACCGAACGCAGAUUCCGUUCGUUGAAUCGACUCGCGAUCAAUUAAAGUGAUGAAACACGGCGUCUGGUGUCAGGUGAUGUCAUCCACUGGAGCUGGAGUUGUUUGGGCGUGUUGUUUCUGAAGGGGAAGCACUUUCACACUAAUCCAGCAGAGAGACCCGCAGGCCUCCGCCCACACAGCCUUUGCAACGCGGCUCGCCCCGAAGGCUCGUCUGACGUCACGCGCGCCGCCACCUGCUCGCUUUACACAAAUGAACCGGGAUUAUGCUCCCGGAAGAAGAAGAAAAAGGCCAUUUACUGGAUUCAACAGGGCUUCGA